AUGGCUGCGCCCUGUGGCUCGGAGCUGCCCGCCAACUCGCCGCUAAAAAUCCCGAAGAUGGAGGUGCUCUCCCCGGCUUCUCCUGGUGGCCUGAGCGACGGAAAUCCAUCGCUGUCCGACCCUUCCACGCCUAGGGGUGCCUCCCCACUCGGGCCGGGCAGUGCGGCGGGCUCGGGGGCAGCGGCGUCCGGGGGUCUCGGGCUGGGGCUGGGGGGCCGCAGCGCCGCCUCGUCCUCGGUCUCCUUCUCCCCUGGUGGCGGCGGUGGCGGGGCUGCGGCAGCCGCCGCCGCCGCCUGCCGGGGCAUGUCGUGGACGCCGGCCGAGACGAACGCGCUCCUCGCAGUGUGGGGCAACGAGCGGCUGGUGGAGGCGCGGUACCAGCAGCUGGAGGGAGCCGGCACGGUGUUCGGCAGCCAGGCCCCCGGGCCAGCCAUGUACGAGCGCGUGUCCCGGGCCCUGGCCGAGCUGGGCUACGAGCGGACCCCGUCCCAGUGCCGGGAGCGCAUCAAGGAGCUGGAGUCAGAUGGCAGCACUAUGGAGGACUAUUCACAGGAGGACUGGGGAAACCACAGUCAGGAUCUGCAUGGCUAUCCAACAGAUCAGGAAUUGGAUGAAAUACCUGUCACAAAGAGAACAUUAAAAAUAAAACAAGAGUCUUCUGAAGAAGCACAGAAGAGAGACAUCAUGCAGAAUAUUGUACAGAUUUUGGAAUCAGUACAGUUGAAAUGGGAACUGUUUCAGAGCUGGACAGACUUUUCAAGGCUCCAUCUUUCCAAUAAACUGGCCAUUUUUGGAAUUGGUUAUAACACCCGUUGGAAAGAGGAUAUCCGUUACCAUUAUGCUGAGAUCAGCUCCCAGGUGCCCCUUGGCAAGCGACUUCGGGAGUACUUCAACUCUGAGAAGCCUGAGGGGCGGAUCAUUAUGACCCGAGUGCAGAAAAUGAACUGGAAAAAUGUUUACUACAAAUUUUUAGAGAUCACUAUUAGUGAAGCUAGGUGCCUGGAGCUGCACAUGGAAAUUGACUGGAUACCCAUUGCCCACUCCAAACCAACUGGCGGGAACAUUGUUCAAUAUUUAUUGCCAGGAGGCAUUCCUAAAAGCCCAGGCCUUUAUGCCAUUGGCUAUGAAGAAUGUAUUGAGAGGCCGCUCUCACCUCACAUGGAGCGACGUUCCCUGGACCCAGGAAAAGAGGGUCGGGUUGACCUGGAAACCCUUUCAGCACAAGCCUCAUUGCAGGUGGAAAUAGAACCCACCAGAAUUAUCUAUUGCUACCUCGGGAUUGCUGAGGUUAGGACUCUGCAGCAAUGCUUAUUUUUACACUUCCAAGCAAAUACUAAAACCUUCAGCAAAGAUUGGGUUGGUAUUAAUGGAUUUUUGUCUCAGAACUGUAUUGUGGAUCCCGGAGUUUCCCCCAAAUCCAUCUAUAUCAAAUUUGUAGAAGUAGAGAGGGAUUUUCUUUCCGCUGGCUCUUUAGUUGAGUGCCUGGAAAAAGCCAUUGGAUACCCCUUAAAAUUCAACAACUGAAUGUCAUCCUUCAUAAGGAUUUGGGCUCUUACUUUCCUCCUCUCUACUCAAUUCCCGUUACCCAGACUGUCCCUCAUCUGGAUGCUGCCAUCAGACUCUUCAUGGAAGCUCUUUCCACAAUUGGGCCAGUACAACUUCUAAGGAAUCAUAGUAGACUCUGGGCAGAAAAAACUGACCUCAUGAAAAAAUGCUCAUUUUGAGCAAGCAAGAUAUACAGUGAACUUGCAUGGUGGGUCAGCUGUUUCUUUUUUAAAAACAAAAUGAUUUUUAAAUGGAUUUUAGAGCCCUAAUAUAAACAAAUGUAGGUACAUUCCAUAUUGGACAAAACUUAUACUUUGAGUUUCAUAUGAAAUUGAAAAAUUGUAUUUUUUUCACAAUGUUUCAUUUUUACACAUCUCUAUGUCUCUAUAUAAGUAUUAUUUACAACCCUGAAUAAAUAAGCAAUAGAUAAUGGCAAGUUAAAUCUUCAGUCACAGUAAAUAAGACUGUUUUUCGAUAUCACUCUUAGCUACUAUUGUACAUAGAGUUUCGUUUUUUUCACCAACCAAGUGUUUUGCUAUUUCCAAUCAGUGUUGCCUGCAAAGACCUUUGUUUCUGUGAUGUACCAACUUUAUGGUUGUGUUGCCAUUUAAAUUAAAAAAAAAAAAAAUUAAAGUAAUUCCUGGCCUCUUGG